AUGUUGUGCUUAAGCUGGGGAGAUGUGAGAAGGGUGGACAGUGAAUCUCCAGAGGUCUUAGGGCACAUGCAGCUGAAGAGGAGUAAGGUGCAAUGCUCAAACCACACUGAAACACAUAAGCUCAUUCUCUUCCCUGAUGGGAAGCUUUCUGAACAUUGGGCUAGAGAUCCAGCUGUCUGGUCUACGACAAGGCUGGUGAAAGAACUAGAAACCAAAGAUAUUGUUCAAAUAGCCUGUGGGAACCACCACUCCAUGGCACUGUCCAGAGGAGGUGUGCUCUUCACCUGGGGCAAGAAUAUCCACGGACAGCUUGGACUGGGGAGUCAAACCCCAUUCAUCUCCCAGCCACAGGUGGUGAAAACACUAAAGGGCAUCUCACUUGCUCAAAUUGCUGCUGGAGGGUCUCACAGUGUGACUGUAUCACUCUCUGGAGCUGUAUACUCCUGGGGAAAGAAUGAUUUUGGACAGCUGGGACUUGGAGACACAAAAGACAGGGACUGCCCAUCGUAUGUUGGAGCAUUGGAGCACUGGAAGACUGUAUUUAUCUCGUGUGGGGCAGAUCAUACUGCAGUUCUUUCUAAGGAGGGGCUGGUGUGCACCUUUGGAGCAGGAGGGGCUGGCCAGCUUGGUCACAACUCUACCCGGAAUGAACUCAAACCUCGUGUGGUGGCUGAGCUGUGGGGAGCAAGAGUUUCACAGGUUGCCUGUGGCAGACAGUACACCCUGGUCUAUGUCCCCUCCUUGGAGAAAGUCUAUUUUUUUGGUUCUGAUGAAGGACAGCUGGGAGAUAAGAGAAAAACUAAUCAGUUGAUACCACUUCCCACCAAUUCACCAGUGAACACUGGAAAAUACUGCCAGGGGGGAAAAAAGUCAGAAAAGGUGAUUGAACUUACUGCUGAAGGAAAACAAACUAUUGUCCUUGGCAAGAAGAGAAAGAAUUUGAAUAGAAUUGCCACUCUGCAGGAUGAAGUGAAUGUGUGGCUUUCUGAUCCUAGUUUGCAACGUUGGGAGACUAUAAAAAUGAAUAUCAGACUAAUCUUUUCAUCUGAGGCUUGCAUCAAUGGAAGCUUCUUGGAGAAAAGAGACAAACAUUUCAAAACUUCCAAAGAGGUUUCAGGUGUAGACAUGUCGCAAGUGCAACAUUUUUAUAAGAAGAUCAGCAAAACACCAAAAGUCUUGCGGGAGGUGCAAAAGGAAAUUGAGAAGUUACUGCCAUCAUUGUCAUCCUCUCCCAUCUCACCUGAAAAUUUCAGAGUCUACUUGAUCUUGCCUUUCCUUCUGCAGGGAGAGGAUGACAGCUCUUACCAUUUGCUGAUGCUGCUAGCACAAGCCAUCAUGAAACUACAGCCAAAGGAUCAGCAAACUCUUGAAUGCCUGUGGUCAAAUCUAGAAACACCCUUUUUCAAGCAGCUGGUCAUUCUAUAUCAGAGGGUUUCCCAGAAAAUCUUGUGUCAGUUUUUGAAGGAAAUCAGAGAUUGUCAAAGAAACCCCUUCGACCUGCACCCUCGUGAAGCAGCGGUUCUGCAAAUACUGCAGAAUCUUCACCAGGUGAACUCCAGAACUGGUUUCAGAGUACAAGAAAACAAUUUCCAUGUGCCUCAAGUGAAACCAUUUAUUCAACUUUAUUGGUUCUUUAGUGCCCAAAAAAUGUCCCAAUGGCAGCUGACCAAAUAUCCAUUCAUAUUUGACAUGAAAGACAAGAUCGACAUUCAUGAUAAAGAAUGCAUUGCUUUGUCCACCCGUCGUGCAAUGGUCGGUAUUUUCUGCAUUAGAGAGCAGGAAUGGUGGCUUUUUCCAGUCAGAAGACAGCACCUUCUGCAAGAUAUCUGGACCCACUUAAAUAACGCACCAACCCAGCAAUUCAAAAAGAUAUUAAAGGUGUUAUUCGUGGGCGAGGAAGGAGUGGACCAUGGCGGGUUGGUUCAGGAGCUCUUCAGCGUCGCCGCCAGGACCCUCUGCCAUCCCGACACUGGAGCCUUCCGCCGCGUCCCCUCUGGCCUGGCGUGGUUCCCCAGCCAGGCCUCGAGUUCUAAGGAGACCUUUUUCCAGAUCGGGACACUGUGCGGAAUGGCCCUGUAUAACAGGCGCAUGGCACCUUUCCCCUUCCCCACGGCUCUCUACAAAAAGCUGCUGGGCCUGGCGCCUGCCUUGGAGGACCUGGAAGAGCUGUGGCCAGCCACAGGCCGGAAUCUUCAGAGGAUUUUGGAUGAAGAACGUGAUGAGAUCUUUGGAAUCCUGAGCAUGAACUUCACGAUUAUGGAAGAAGGCGAUUCCAUGGUUACCGUUGAACUUAAAAAACAUGGGGCCAAUGUUCCUGUCACUAGAGAUAACAGGAAAGAAUUUGUUGACUUGUAUGUGAAUUAUGUGUUCAAUGAUUCGAUACGGAAGCCAUUUGAGGACUUUAUGCAAGGGUUUUUAAAAGGCUGCCCAGCCACAAAGUGGAAGAUGUUUCUCCCUGUAGAGCUCCAGACUGUUCUCCAGGGAUGCACAAAAUUUGACUGGCAUCUGCUGGAAAAGAAUGUGAACUAUAUCCAGUAUGAAAAGUUAGAUCUAACCAUCAGGAAUUUUUGGACUGUGUUUCACAAACUCCCAGAAAAAAAGAAGGAAAAGUUUCUUGCUUUUUUGUCAGGAUCUGAUCGAAUCCCUGGCUAUGAACAGGAAAAUUUUACAUUUCAGAUUGCAGAUCCUCAGGUAGCAAAUCCAGAUGAGGUCUGUCUUAAGGCCAAUACCUGCAGUCGCAUUUUGUUCCUCCCCAGAUAUAGCACGAGAAGAAUACUCCAGAAAGAGUUGCUCUAUGCCAUAGAGCAUAACAAAAGUUUUGGCUUGGCCUGA